AUGGCGCCCCCAAACGAUCGGAAAGAGAUAUUGCAGAAGCUGCGAAAAUCAAUAUCAGAUGGCACUGUCAUCGUCGGUGCAGGCGCCGGCAUCGGCCUAUCGGCCAAGUUCAUCGAGAAGGGCGGCGGGGACCUGAUUAUCAUUUACAACAGCGGGCGAUUCCGGAUGGCGGGUAGGGGCUCAUUGGCUGGUCUUAUGCCGUAUGGGAAUGCGAAUGAUGUUGUGCUUGAGAUGGCAAAUGAGGUCCUGCCUGUAGUGAAGAAGACGCCCGUUUUAGCUGGAGUCUGCGCGACUGACCCCUUUCGGGAUAUCGAUCGCUUCCUCAAGCAGUUGAAAGAUCUUGGAUUUGCCGGUAUCCAGAACUUCCCUACAGUCGGUCUUAUUGACGGCCAAUUCCGCCAAAAUCUAGAAGAGACUGGUAUGGGUUACGAUGCAGAAGUCGAGCUUGUGCAGAAGGCUCGCCAGCUAGAUCUUAUUACCACACCGUACGUUUUCAAUGUGGGGGAAGCGAAGAAGAUGAGCGAGGCUGGUGCAGACAUCAUUGUUGCGCACAUGGGCCUGACGACUUCCGGUUCCAUCGGUGCAACGAGCGGGAAGAGCCUGGAUGACUGCGUCAAGCUAAUUCAGGAUAUUCGAGACGAAGCUGCAAAGGCGAAUCCGGAUGUCAUAGUCCUAUGUCAUGGAGGACCGAUCGCAGCGCCAGAAGACGCAGAGUAUGUGAUUUCGCGAACGAAGGGCGUACAUGGCUUCUACGGCGCAAGCUCGAUGGAACGACUACCGGUCGAAGAAGCUAUCACAAACAUCACCAAAACGUUCAAGAAUCUGAAGCCCAGUUCGUAG